GGGGCCGCCCCGCUCGCUCCGCGCCGCUCCGCCCGGCGGGGCCCCGGCGCUGCCCCGCACAAAGGCGGCGGGAGCGUCCGGCGCGGCCGCUCCGCUCCGCUGCCCGCUCCGCCGCCGGGCUCCGGUCACGCCGUCCGCGCCGGGCACCCUGCAACCGGCCGCCGGGCACGGGACGAGCCGCAGCCCGGCACCGGGAGCGGCGCCACGGAGUACCGGGAGCGCCAGAACCGGGCGCCGGGCACCGCGCACGGGGAGCCGGACAGCGGGAGCCGCCCGCAGAGGAGCCGGGCACCGGGCGCGCUCGAGCCAGGCACCGGGAGCUGCGCGGCGGGCGCGGUAGAUCGCGGCACCGGCAGCCGGCCGGGCCGGCAGCGAGCACCGGGCGCGCUCGAGCCAGGCACCGGGAGCCGUGCGGCGGCCACCGGGUACGGGGCAUGCUAGAUCCGGCCAGCGGGAGCCAUCCAGCCGGGCAGCGGGCGCGCUAAUCCGGGCACCGGGAGCCGGACGGCGGGCACCGGGAGCCGGACAGCGGGUACCGGGCACGCGCUAGCCGGGAGGCGUCGCGCCGGGAGAUCCAGGCACCGGGAGGCGGGCGCGGGAGCUCGGGCCGCCGGGAGCCGGGCACCAUGCGCCCCUCGGGCCUGCUGCACCGCCUGGCCUGGCUGCUGCUGGGGCUGAGCGCGCCGGCGCCGGGCCGGGGCCAGCUGCACGGCGAGAAGGGCAUCUCCAUCCCGGACCACGGCUUCUGCCAGCCCAUCUCCAUCCCGCUCUGCACCGACAUCGCCUACAACCAGACCAUCAUGCCCAACCUGCUGGGCCACACCAACCAGGAGGACGCGGGGCUGGAGGUGCACCAGUUCUACCCGCUGGUCAAGGUGCAGUGCUCGCUGGAGCUCAAGUUCUUCCUCUGCUCCAUGUACGCGCCGGUGUGCACGGUGCUGGAGCAGGCCAUCCCGCCGUGCCGCUCCAUCUGCGAGCGGGCCCGCCAGGGCUGCGAGGCCCUCAUGAACAAAUUUGGCUUCCAGUGGCCCGAGCGGCUCCGCUGCGAGAACUUCCCCCGGCACGGCGCCGAGCAGAUCUGCGUGGGCCAGAACCACUCCGAGGACGGCGGCUCGCCGGCGCUGCUCACCAGCGCCACGCCGCUGGCCGGCCAGGGCACCCCCGGCGCCCCCCGCUACGCCACCCUCGACCACCCCUUCCACUGCCCGCGGGCGCUCAAGGUGCCCAGCUACCUCAACUACAAGUUCCUGGGCGAGAAGGACUGCGCGGCGCCCUGCGAGCCCACCCGCCCCGACGGCCACAUGUUCUUCAACGAGGACGAGAUCCGCUUCGCCCGCAUCUGGAUCCUCAUCUGGUCCGUGCUGUGUUGCGCCUCCACCUUCUUCACCGUCACCACCUACCUGGUGGACAUGCAGCGCUUCCGCUACCCCGAGCGGCCCAUCAUCUUCCUCUCGGGGUGCUACACCAUGGUGUCGGUGGCCUACAUCGCCGGCUUCGUGCUGGAGGAGAGGGUGGUCUGCAACGAGCGCUUCCAGGAGGACGGGUACCGCACGGUGGUGCAGGGCACCAAGAAGGAGGGCUGCACCAUCCUCUUCAUGAUGCUCUACUUCUUCAGCAUGGCCAGCUCGAUCUGGUGGGUCAUCCUCUCCCUCACCUGGUUCCUGGCCGCCGGCAUGAAGUGGGGCCACGAGGCCAUCGAGGCCAACUCGCAGUACUUCCACCUGGCCGCCUGGGCCGUGCCGGCCGUCAAAACCAUCACCAUCCUGGCCAUGGGGCAGAUCGACGGGGACCUGCUGAGCGGCGUCUGCUUCGUGGGGCUCAACAACAUCGACCCGCUGCGGGGCUUCGUGCUGGCCCCGCUCUUCGUCUACCUCUUCAUCGGCACCUCCUUCCUGCUGGCCGGCUUCGUGUCCCUCUUCCGCAUCCGCACCAUCAUGAAGCACGGCGGCACCAAGACGGAGAAGCUGGAGCGCCUCAUGGUGCGCAUCGGCGUCUUCAGCGUCCUCUACACCGUCCCCGCCACCAUCGUCAUCGCCUGCUACUUCUACGAGCAGGCUUUCCGCGAGCACUGGGAGCGCAGCUGGAUCAGCCAGCACUGCAAGAGCCUGGCCAUCCCCUGCCCGCUGCAGUUCACGCCGCGCAUGACCCCGGACUUCACCGUCUACAUGAUCAAGUAUCUCAUGACUCUCAUCGUGGGCAUCACCUCGGGCUUCUGGAUAUGGUCGGGCAAAACGCUCCACUCGUGGAGGAAGUUCUACACGCGGCUCACCAACAGCAAGCAGGGCGAGACGACGGUGUGAGCCGCCCCGCGGCCUGGGCGCUCGCGGCUUUUCCUUCUGGGGGUGGACGACUUCUUUUUAUUUUAUUUUAUUUUUUAAGGUUUAUUAACGUCUAAGGGGUGUCUCUCUCUCUCUUUUAUUUUAUUUUAUUUUUUUUUUGUAAUUAAACCUGUAAAUAGCA